AUGUCCCUCGGGGGGACCACAGGCGACAACACGCGCCUGCUUGGUCGGGCUCCAGAGGAGGAGGAGGAGGAGGAGGAGGCGAUGCAGGCGGAGGGCGUGCGGGAGGUGGCCGUGGCAACCGGCCUGGAGGUGCUGUACCAGGAGACCCCCAACUACCGCGGAGCGGCGGCCGAGGCUGACCGCAUGAUCGAGCCUAGGGAGACGGCUAGGCAUGCCUGGCGAGUGCCAGACUUGGGUGUAGAGCCUGUUGUAAGUGCAGGCGAGGAGGCGGUGACUGGCAUGCGCCUCACAUUUCCCCUUCUCUCUUCUUCCUCUCUCAUGCGUCUGACGUUUCCCCUCCUCUCCUUUUCCUCUCACAUGCGCCUCCCGGUUACUCGUCCUCUCGUCCUCCUCUUUACUGCGCCUCACGUUUCCCCUCCUCUCUUCCUCCUCUCUCAUGCGCCUGACGUUUCCCCUCCUCUCUUCUUCCUCUCGCAUGCACCUCUCCCUCGCGUUUCCCCCCCUCACUUCUUCCUCUCGCAUGGGCUUCACGUUUCCCCUUGCCUCUUCUUCCUCUCGCAUGCGCCCCGCAUGUGCCUCACGUUUUCCCUCUCCUCUUCCCCUCCCCCCCCCCCUCUCUUCUUCCCCUCGCAUGUGCCUCACGUUUUCCCUCCUCUCUUCUUCCUCUCGCAUGCGCCUCACGUUUCCCUCGCCCCCUUCUUCCUCUCGCAUGCGCCUCCCGUCAUCUCUCCGCCCUCCAUCCUCUCACAUCCGCAGACAUGCGCCUCCCCCUUCCCUGCUUCCGCGCAUCUUGCUCUCGCAUUUGCGAAUACGUUUUCCCUCCGCGUUUCUCGCUUUCCCUGA